UUCUAAAUCAAACUAAAAUCUUAGAUCUGAUGUUAAAAAUUAAAUAAUCAAAUUACUUUUUAUAGCCAAAAAGAUAGAAAAAUUCAUAAUUUUAAUUAGCUCAAUCCCAAAAAGGUAGCUAUGCCCUCUAAAAAAUCUCUGUUUCCUCUAUUUCCCUUGCUGUUUUGCAUGAUGCUAUACUUUUCAUUCAGUUGCACCUUUUCUGGUGCAACUCAACAAGAAGCAGAAGCUCUUAUCAAAUGGAAAGAAAGCUUACAUAGUCUAAAUCAAUCAUUUUUGUCAUCUUGGUCACUUCCAAAUGAUGAAUUUAGGUCAAUUACUGUUGCUCCAUGCUAUUGGCUUGGUGUUGGCUGUGUUAAUGGUAGUGUUACAAGGUUAAACUUAACCAAUGUGGGUUUAACAGGCACUUUAAAAGCCUUUAAUUUCUCAUCUUUGCCUAAUCUAUCUUUCCUUGAUCUUCAUGAUAAUAAUCUUUUUGGAAAUAUCCCUUCUUCAAUCACUAAUCUUACUAAACUUACUAGUCUUCACUUGGGUAACAACAAAUUCAGUGGGAAGAUACCCACAGAACUUGGGAAAAUGAGUGCCCUUAAGAAUUUGAACUUCAUUAAUAAUUUUCUUUUUGGGAAUAUCCCAUCUUCUCUUGGCAAUCUUUCCUCUCUUUCUCUCCUUAUCCUUGGAAAUAAUCGGUUAGUGGGUAGGAUUCCUCCUGAGCUAGGACAGUUGACAGCAAUAAACGAGCUUCGGAUCAAUUUGAAUAACCUUACAGGUCCUAUACCGCCUUCUAUUGGUAAUCUAAUUGGCUUGAAAGUUUUGUCUUUGUAUGGGAAUAAUUUAUCAGGUAUAUUACCAAAAGAGUUUGAUAAACUCACUAAUUUAACCUUAUGUUACUUGUCAAAUAAUACCAUAUCUGGCUCAUUACCUGAGAAAAUUUGCCAAGGUGGUAUACUUCAAGAUUUUUGUGCAAGUAAUAACAGGUUUUCAGGUUCUGUACCUAAAGGGUUGAGAAACUGUACCAGUUUGACAAGGUUAAGGCUUGAUAGAAACCAUCUUGUGGGGAACAUAUCAGAAGAUUUUGGGGUGUACCCAGUUCUUGAUUACAUUGAUUUGAGCUAUAAUAGCUUUGAGGGUCAGAUUUCUUCCAAUUGGGCAAAGUGUAAGAACAUGACUAGUCUCAAGAUUUCUGAUAAUCAUAUUACUGGUGUAAUACCUCCAGAGUUAGGAAAUGCAACCAUGUUGCAUUUUCUUGAUUUGUCAUCGAAUCGUUUAGUGGGUAAUAUUCCGAAAGAAUUGGGAAAUUUGCAGUCAUUGUUUAACCUCACAUUGAGCAAUAACAGGCUUUCGGGGAACAUUCCCAAUGAACUUGGAAAUCUGGUCAAUUUAGACUAUCUUGAUCUUGGCGCGAAUGAUUUGAUUGGAAAAAUCCCGGAGGAAAUUGGUAAUUGUGUCAGGAUGCUUUACUUGAAUCUGAGUAGAAACAGCUUGCGUGGAGCUAUUCCAUGGCAGAUAGGGAAUCUUGUGGAGCUACAAGAAGUGUUAGACUUGAGCAGAAACUCACUUUCUGGUGAGAUUCCCUUACAACUUGGAAAUUUGGAUAAAUUGGUGGUGUUAGAUCUCUCCUCUAACCAUCUUUCGGGCCAAAUUCCAUGGACAUUCGAUCAAUUGCUAAGUUUGAUGCAUUUUGAUGUGUCCUACAACAAUCUUGAAGGUCCAAUUCCUGAUAGCAAAGUGUUCAUGAACAUGUCCAUCAACUCAUUCAUCAGAAACAAAGCUUUAUGUGGAAACAUGACAGGCUUAAUGCCUUGCCCUAGAACACUGGAAAAUUCUAAAGGAAAAGGCAAAGAUCUUGUGCAACUAAUCACUGCUCCUGUCGUCGGAGUAGGAGUUUUUCUAUGUAUCAUUGUGUCGGUUGCCCUUUGUAUGCAUAAAAGUGGUAUAAGGGAAGGAAAUCGGAAUGUACAUAGACAAGACACACAUCGAGAAAAUAUGUUUUCGGUUUGGGACUUUGAUGGAAGGCUGGUGUAUGAUGACAUAAAAGAAGCGACAGAAGGUUUUGACACAAAGUAUUGUAUAGGAGAAGGCGGACAUGGAAGUGUGUAUAAAGCAGUACUUUCAACAGGGCAAAUUGUUGCUGUUAAGAAGCUGAAAACUUUACAAAACCCAGGUUUUGAAAAUCAAAAGAAAUUCGAGUCACAAAUAGAAGCAUUAACUAAGAUGAGACAUCGUAAUAUUGUGAAGCUCCAUGGGUUCUGCUUUCAUCCACAACAUUCAUUGUUGGUUUGUGAGUACUUGGAGCGCGGUAGCUUGGGUAACUUACUUAAGAAUGAAAAGGAAGCAAUAGAAUUGAAUUGGGAGAAGAGGGUAAAUGUGAUUAAGGGGAUCGCCUAUGCAAUUUGUUACCUGCACUAUGAUUGUUCUCCUCCAAUAAUCCACAGAGAUAUUUCUUCCAACAAUGUGUUACUUGAUGUAAAUUACGAAGCUCGAGUUUCCGAUUUUGGCACAGCCAGGCUUAUAAGUCAGGAAUCUUCUAACUUCACUGAGCUUGCUGGAACAUUUGGAUACAUUGCUCCUGAGCUUGCUUAUACAAUGAAACCCACCAAGAAAUGUGAUGUUUACAGCUUCGGAGUUUUAGCACUAGAAAUUAUAUUGGGAAGUCAUCCAGGAAACCUUAUAUCUCCAUCUUCAAGCUCUUCAGUCGAGUCCUCAGCAUCAUCCUCAUCGCCAAUAUAUCACACUUUACUCGAAAUCAGCUCUAAAUCUAGCUUUAAAGAUCUCUUAGACCCUCGUCUAGCAUAUCCUUCACCAGACGUGGCUAAAGAGAUGGCUAUCAUCAUUAAAUUAGCUUUGGAGUGCAUUAACACUGAUCCACAGUUUAGACCAACCAUACAAUAUGUUUGUCACCAAAUGCAACCAACGCGAAAAAUAGCUGACUUUUCUGUGCUGAAGAAAUGUGAAAGUGAAAGCGAAGGCGAUAUGAGCAUGAGAUCUACCAGUUCUUCAAGUCAUAAUGAUGAUUUAGUAUGAUUUAUAUCAAAACAAGAGGAGUUUUGUUUAGGAUACCUCCCAAGUCCCAAUCUUUGGUAUGUUUAGUUGGCCAAGAUGGUUAUGAAUUAAGACAUUAAAGCUCUCCAAUCUUAUAUUUGGAUGUCUAUGUACUUUGGUUUUCCAUCUACGACAAAAUUUAUGUGUUUAUCAUAAUUGUGCACUUCAAAUAUAAAUUAUAAUGAUUUCUCUUUU